AUUUGUUUUCUCGUUCAAGAAUUCGACAUUCAGCAAGCAGUUGUGAUAUCACGUCAUGGAAGCCGUAUACUUCUUACCAAAGAUCACAGCACCUUUGAGGAAGGAAGUGACAGUCAGCUGACGAUAAGAGGAAUGAAUCAAAUGUUCCAAGCUGGAGAGUUUGUUAGAGAACAUUAUCAAAAAGCUGGCUUCUUGUCUGAUGUGUAUUCUCCUCAGGAUGUGUAUGUGAGGUCUAGUGACUAUUCCAGAACACUUAACAGGUAAAUUGUAUAACAGAAGACAGUUUCUUAAGAGUUCCUGGUCAUUGUGUUACAGUAUUUCUUGAAGCCAAAGAGUAGAUGUUGUGGUAUCAUCCUUAGUAUGCUGGACUCCUGGUCCAAAAACCCUGGUUUUAGCAUCAACCACAAUAAACAGUCAGGGAAAGCAGAUGAAAUACAGAGGGGGGUAACCUGUAAUUCACCAAAAUCCCAUCUAGGAAGGAGAAGCUUUCAAUCCUGCUUCAUCCUGUAGAAAACAGGACAAACUGUUGCAGCCAUAUGCAAAAUACAGUGCAUUUAUCAAACAAACCGACAUCAAUCUGGAUUAAAGCACACACAUACAGGGCAUGUCAUUGUCUCGUAGAUACACAUGUUAAAUCAUCAUCUAACAAUAUGCAUGGUUUAUUAAACAAGACAUUAGUCUGACAGUUGAGGAGGUAGAACUUAAAUGCUCACAAAUACUUCACAAAAAGAGUAAUAGUGUGCUACAAUUACAUUUCUAAACUCUUCACACCAUAACAUCAGUAUACACAUUCUCCUUACUGAUCCCCAUUCAUUUCUUAAGAUGCUGACAAGGAGAAUCUGUUUAACAAUCAGGAGCUUUGUUAGUUGGUGAUCAUUUCCUUUAUUCUCAUGACCUUAAUGUGUGAUUAAGGGGUGAUAUUGUAAGGAGAAAUUAGAUGCUUGUCACUCUUAGGGAUAAAAAGGUUAAUAUCCAUGUUUUAUCUUUUAGUGCAUUGAGCUUUCUCCUUGGACUUUAUCCACCAAGAAAUCAGUCCCUAAAUGUUUCCUAUGCUGGGCAAGUUUUCUAUGCACCUUACAACAUACAACAGGUUUGUCUUUUUUUUUUUAAUUUAUGAUUGAUAUCAGGCUGUGAUUCAUCUGAGGUCUGGCAGCUGCAUGACAUACACCCCCUCUAACCUGUCAUAUAAGGUCUGGCAGCUGCAUGACAUACACCCCCUCUAACCUGUCAUCUGAGGUCUGGCAGCUGCACGAUAUACACCCCCUCUAACCUGUUCAUCUAAGGUCUGGCAGCUGCAUGACAUACACCCCCUCUAACCUGUCAUCUGAGGUUGGCAGCUACAUGACAUACACCUGCUCUAACCUGUUCAUCUGAGGUCUGGCAGCUGCAUGACAUUACACCCCCUCUAAUCUGUUCCACACCUUCCAGUUUUGAAAAAAAUGGUACUUUCCACUAAUUCACUUACUAAGUCAGACGACCUCAUUACAGACUGAAUUUGACUCCACUCAGACCUAUCACCAUCAAGCUAUUGUUUAUCUACAGUCAGGCAGCUGCACGUCACACCCCCCCCCUCCCUCCUCCUCACCAUUCCCACACCUUUUUCCAGUCUUAUUGGCCCUCACUAUGAGAUAGGAUUGUGGCAAUAAUGAUGAUGAUGAAGAUAUACUGAUGACAGCUGUGAGUGGUAAUCUUGUAAAGUCUAUUGUUGAUACUUUUCCCACAGUGCUCACAAGGAGAAUUUGUUGAACAAUCAAGAACUUCUUUAUUUGGUGAUAAUAUUCUUUACGUACAUGACCUUAGUGUUCAAUGCCGUAAGUGAUUUUGUGAGGAGAGGUUGUAUGCUUUUAACCCUUAGGGGUUAAAUUGUUGGAUAUUAUUUACUCAUUCACUUAUUAUUUGUAUUUCUAUCUUCUUAUUUAUUUAUUUUUUGACAGGUUCCAAUACACACAGUUGCAGCAGAAAAUGAUCAGGUGCUUAGAGCAUGGCUGGCUUGCCCUGAGCUUCAGAAAAAACUCGCAGAGUUUUACACAAGCUCAGAGUUUAAGAAAAAGGAAAGUGAGAGCGCAGAACUACGAAAACAGCUUGAAAAUAUUCUGGGUGUUAAGAAGAUUGACCUUAAAGACUUCUACAAUGUGUAAGUGAGGUUAUUAGAAGAUAAUUUUAGAUUGCUUUAUAAAAAAGGAUGGCAAAGGGUCUGCAGUGUAUGCUUGAAAUGUGAAUAAGGCUGCAACUAAUAUCUGACAGGUGAAUUGAACAAGAAGGCAAAUGUGAUGUGUGAAUUUAUGAAAUGCUGUAAGGUUUGAUCUACUUCCUGAAAUAUAUGUGACCUGUAAAUUUUUUUUUUGGGAAAACCUCAAUAUCUCCCUAAAACCUUGCACACAAGAAGAGAGAUUUGAAGUUUUCUCUUUUAAAUUUGUGAUGCAUGAAAUGGCAUUUAAAGUAAUAAUAAUUUAAUAAUUUAUUUACUUAUAUAGCGCCCUUUAACAUUUAUGGGAGUAUAGUAUACGUGGCUCAUAAUUUUUUUCUUAAAAUUUUUUAAUAAUGGGGGGUCAGGACCCCCUUUUUGCUACUCUCCCUUACAUGGAGGAGUGUGUCCACCAAACAGUGCUGUAAUAUUGUUAUUUUCUGGCAGGUAUGAUUAUAUUCAUCUUCAUCAACUGUAUAACCACACCUAUCUGAAUAUUUCUACCGAGCAGUGGAAACAAGUUGUGCAUCUGGCUGACUGGGUUGAGUAUCAAAAAUACAGCAAGGAAAUGAUUGGUGAUAUAGGUGGAGGGCUGUUAGCUAAUGAGAUUGCAGAGAGCUUCAGUGACUUUGCAGCUAAAAAGACCAAGACAAAGGUUUGUCUCUUAAUAGCAAAUAUGCUGUUGAUAGCUUAAGAUGUUUUUGACCUCCUCAAUGCCUCCUAUUGAGUUUAAGAGGCAUUACUGUGUGAAAGACAUGAGGACCCCAACUAAGGGAGAAUGUUGUACUCUUGGUGGAGAUGUCCGGGUCCGAGACCUGGUCUGUAGUCUGCAGCUCGGCACACCGCGCGGAACUCUGGGAGUGAGACUCAUUUUCGUGCGCCUUACUUCCAGGGUUAUGCGCACGCUAACAUCUAUUGGUUUUUUUUCGCUGAUUUUUUGGAAUCGCGCGCCGGACUUUACUGAGAAUGAGGGACUGUUCGUUUUCUAUGUAUGUGGACAGAACAAAAUAUGUCUUUUGCUACUGGAGUUCGUGGAGUUGGUGGAAUUGAUAUCCUUGAUAACACCAAAAAUGUGUAGGUGACGCAAUUAGUAAGGAGAUAACAAAUAAGUGACAUGCAUUUGUUAAAAUCAGGGGCCUUGUAAUCGUUCAGGUAGAGAGCUUAAAAGGAUAAAGGGGGUAGGUUUCUAAAGAAACUGUGGUGCUGCGUCGGUGGAAGAGUAUAACAAGGUAAUUUAGUAUUAUUUGAUAGUGUAAAUUGGCCACCGUAAAGAGUUUCUAAGCUAUAUUUCGAGCGUUGGUCUUACGUCAUUCGCUCUGACGAGGCGCUAUCGCUCGAAACGUCAGCUUUGACUUCACCAGUUAUGUAUCUUAUUUUUCAGCUGCUGUAUUAUUCUGCACAUUAUCCAACGAUGUUUUCUCUGUUUUCCUCGCUUGGUUUAAAUAAAGCGGCUAAAAGUGCCUUGAGAAAAAUUCCAUAUUAUGCUUCCUUGAUAUUUAUUGAGCUGCUACAUGAUAAGGCAACUGGUAAGAUGAUCGUUCAGUUUUCUUUCAAGAAUGGUUUGGAGGUAAGAUUUUUGUGACUUUUUAAAUUCUUAAUAUUGGUUUAGGAAAUCAGCAUUUUCCAGAAGGCUCGUUGAAGUUUAACAACUGCUCGUACGCCCUGUUUUUUCCUUCACGUAAGGGCUGAGGAACCCAAGAAAAAAGAAUAAUGUGAAAUUAUUCAUAAAGCGUGGUCUUCACUUGCGACGCAAGCGCAAAGCCAAGUAUAAAAUGUCCUACUUCACAGAGAUGACCGCCUCGACGCAAGCACAAGUGCUGGCACAAAACAAAGGAAGAAUUCUCAUCCUUGUACUUGCGCUUGCGUCUUAGCCGUGUUCACGGUGAAAUAACAGCUGUUAUCUUUGCGUUUGUGCUUGCGCUUGUGCUUGCCUAGCUAGUGAAAAUCAGGAUCAAUAUCAGUAUCUGGGCAACUACCCACCUACCCCUCCCCCCAACUCAACAACAGUCAAUUGACAACAAGUUAAGGUUAAUGUUGGGUAAGGGGAGGGGUAGGUGGGCAGUUGCCCAGAUACUGAUAUUGAUCCUCUUGCACAAUAUUUUUUUGUGCUAAUUUCCAAAAUAGGGCAAAGUGGUGUGAAAUGCUCUCUGUUGUAUGUUGCUAGUGUCUUACAACAUGGAGUGGCUGUAGUCUUGCUGAAAAUAUUUUCCGUAGGUUAUUCUGUUUUCGCAUUUUAUAUCGAGCGAUCUCUAGAUGACGUUUUUUCGGUUGUCACACAAAGCAAAAAGUGCGCCACACUGUCAAGUAUUUUUGUGGCACUCGGGAUUUUCCUGAUGUCAAAAUAAUCGCGAGCUUGUCAUCCGGUGGGAAGAAAAAGAACAUAACUGGGAAAUUGUGAGGCUGAGGCAUGACCAUAUUGCAUCAGCACGCUUACGUCAAAAAGUUGUCUCACAAACGUUAAAAAUUGCGCUAAGUCAAGUGCUUGGUUUCUUGCCGUGAGUUUUCGCAAAACUUUGUGACCGCGAAAAGUGGUAAUUAUAAGGUUUUAGAAUGGAAUUUUUUUCUCCUCAGGGGCCAUUGAUAAAAUACAGCAUUCCCGAGUGCAAGGACACGUGCGAACUGGACGAGUUUGUAAAACUUGUGAAAUCUCUCCAAGUUCGUGACGUUACCUCGUGGUGUCAUGCAUGUGGCAACACCCAGUUGUCACGCUGCCAAGUAACGCAACAGCAGACCGUUUGUCCUACUUUGGAAACUAAGGAACCCAGACUUUCGGGAACUGGUGGUUUUUUCCUCGGCUCUUUUGUCACGCUGCUCAUAGUGAUAUGUGUCACAGCCUUGUGGCAUUUUUAUCUGCGCAAGCGCUGUUUACUUGGCGGAACCUACCCGCGCCCAAGGAAAGGCCUUUCUGAUUUGGAAAAUACUUCCUCGCCGGGUGUGAUUUGAGGCAAAGGAUAGAAUUUUAAUUCCAGUGCGCCGGGUGUGCUAGAGGGAGGUACAAGGGAGGGGAGGGGGCAUAUUUUCUAUCAAUACAAAGGGUAGUGUGCCACGCAGUCGUUCUUUAGGAUAUCGAGCAACACUUCCCCCAAGAGAUAUUUCUUUCAGGGGAGGGGGGGGGGGCGGGGCCUUAUGUACUGCUAAAAGACACCAACUACGUCCUCAGGGUUUCUCGGUCAGGUUUUUCCAAGAUGGUGGCCGGUCUAAAGAAAUCCUUUCAAUCCGCUGCCAACUUGAAAACUGACCAAAAACGCCUUGGGAACGAGAUGGGAGAAACGUAAGAGGGAACUGACCGCGAGAUAAAUAGAGAUCUGGGUAAAGCACUGGCCAGUUCACUAUGUUAUAUUGAAGAGAAAGACACUGAACUCUGUCAGCGCUUCUCUCCACUCAUGAGUAUAGAUUGACAAACCCUGUAAUUGCUCGAGUAAGAAAUCUACGCAGAAAUAAAUACAACCAAAAGAUUUUCACGAAAUGUUGAAAAAAAUAAAUGCUUUUCUGUAAGCAGAUGAUUUUUAACGAAGUCGUUGAAACUGAGGGCAUUGCGAUUGAAUUUAAUUAUUCCAGGGACAACUUUUUAAUUAUGAAAACUGAGAUUUUAAACAAAAUUAAAGGAAAGAAUUAUAUUAUAACCCUCUUGUGAUUCACGAGUUGUCUUUGAUUUUCUUUUGUCUCGUAACGCCUGAGGUUGCGGUACAUAACCAGUAUGUAACGUUGCGCCUUUCAUCAGUCCCAUGGCUUAGCUUUGGUUUCCUGAAUUAAUCCUGUGUUCUUGAAUUACACCUUUGAUUAAAAAGCACUAAAUGACUGACCCGAUUGGAAACAGUGGGCUUCGUUUCCUGAGACUCCUAAUGUAACAACGUUGAGAUUCGUGGAGGAACAAACUUCCAGUUUUUUUUUUUACACUUCCCCACUCAAAAGUAGCACGCAUUAUUUUCAGAAUCGUUUCUACAAUUAUUUUCUUAACGCGCGCUCAAAUUUGAUCAAGAUCAAGGGCGAGUUGAAAGUUGGAGUUAUUGUUUCCGCAGAGGUUAAUGACUUUUGAUAAGUUUUCCUCCAACUGGGAAACGUAUUUGAGUUCGGAGGUAAAACGAUCACUCUAGCUUAAUUAAAGAGUUUGUUUGACUUGGAAUCCCUUUGUAUUUGAACCUGUGUCCGGAGAUAAAAUUAACAUCUUACUAGCUCGGUUUCUCGGUGCGUACAAUAGUUUACGAACCUGGUUUUUUCCCGCUUGCUCUAUAACUUACGGUACGGACCUCGAACUCAGUUGGUAAGAGGUGGUUAUUCCCCUCCCGCUGCGAAUAAUUUGGGAAUAUAAAACGACAAAUGACACAGUCUUUGACCUGUAUUGUAAAUUUUUUUUUAGCAAAAGGAAAUGUAAAGCUAGAAAUAAGAAAAAAAGGCAGUCAAAGGCUGCAUGUGGCCACUGAUAUAGCAUUAUUAAGUUGUAUAAUGGCGCUAGUAGAUAGUUUUUGGAGAGAUUUAUAUUCGCAUGCAAAACAGAAAACACCCAUCCCACAGUUUACUAGUACCCUAAUCCACCAAAGAGAGAUGAUUGAAGACUAUCGUGACUAACUGACAUUCAACCAUUAAUCAAAUCAUCAUAUUUACAACAGUCAUUAUGAUAACAAUAACAAUAUAAUAAUAAUAAUUUAAAAGGGCUGUACCUCCCUAUACUUCUCUAAAUUUUGCUUGUUUUAACAAAUUUUUUUGUUUUGUUUCAAUUCCAUUUUUGUAAGACUUUUCUGUCAUACUACAACACAUUCGGUGUUUUAGGAUAUUCCACCGUUCCUCCGUGCUAUCAUUCCAUGUAAUAGUGCUGAAGGGAUCGUAUUUGGCAUCUCGUUCGCUUCGCAAAUUUAAAGACCCACUUGGCAAUAAAUCGUUAUUUCAAACGGUAAAAUUCUCUCUUUUCAAAGAUAAAAUAAUUUUCCUCAAAAUUUCCAUAAUAUGCAGAUCACACCUAUUGAAAUAUUUCUGCAAGAGAAGUUUUGAUUUAAAUUACGCGUUAGUGAUGUCAAUGUAUAAGUAUUUAGGGAUGUAAAUGUCAGGGCAAACUGAAAAAAUAACAAUCUAGAACUUUAGGUCUAAAAUCACCAAAGGAAAGAACAUAAAUUUCAGAAACAGAAACCAGAAUUCAAAGUCGCCUAUUAGGGCCCAAAUCCAAAAUUUGCCACUGGUAUCCAAAAUUAAAAAAUCAGCCACAAGUGUUCAAAAUCCAAAAUCGGCCAGAAGUGACCAAAAUCCACAAUCGGCCAGAAGUGACCAAAAUCCACAAUCGGCCACUAGUGUCUAAGAUUCAAAAUCGGCCACUAGUGUCUAAGAUUCAAAAUCGGCCACUAGUGCCAAAAUUCAAAAUCGGCAACUACUGUCCAAAAUUCAAAAUCGGCAACUACUGUCCAAAAAUUAAAGCAGCUACUACUGUCCAAAUUCCAAAAUCGGCCACUAAUGUCCAAAUCAAAAAUCGGCCACUAAUAACUAAAAUCCAAAAUCGGCCGCUAGGGUUCAGAAUCCAAAAUCGGCCACUAGCGAUCAAAAUCAAAAAUCGACCACUAGUGUUUAAAAUUAAAAAUCGGCCACUAGCAUCCAAAAUGAACAAUCGGCCACUAGUGUCCAAAAUGAACAAUCGGCCACUAGGGUUCAAAUUUCAGAAUUCGCCAUUAGGGUCCAAGAUCCAAAGAGGCCACUGGUAUUCAAAAUCCAAUAUAGGCCACUAGGGUCCAAAAUCGAAAAUCGGCCACUAGUAUCCAAACUUCAAAAUGGGCCACUAGGGUCCAAAAUCCAAAAACGACCACUAGUGACCAAAAUCGGCCACUAGUGUCCAAAAUGCAUGACCGAUCACUAGUGUCCAAAAUUCCAAAUCAGCCGCUAGUGUCCAAAAGUUAAGAUCAGCCACUACUGUCCAAAUUCCAAAAUCGGCCACUAAUGUCCAAAGUCCAGAAUCAGCCAUUAGUGUCCAAAAUCCAAAAUCGGCCACUAGGGUCUAAAAUCCAAAAUCGGCCACUAGAGUCUAAAAUCCAAAAUCGGCCACAAGGGUCCAAAAUCCAAAAUCGCCCACUAGUGUCCAAAAUUCAAAAUCGCCCACAAGUGUCCAAAAUCCAAAAUCGGCCACUAAUGUCCAAAAUCCAAAGUCGGCCGCUAAUGUCCUAAAUUCAAAAUCGGCCACUAGGGACCAAAAUCCAUAAUCGGCCACUAAUGUCCAAAAUUCAAAAUUGGCCAUAAGGUUCUAAAAUCCAAAAUCGGCCACUAGGAUCCAAAAUCCAAAAUCGCUCACUACUGUCCAAAAUUCAAAAUCGCCCACAAGUGUCCAAAAUCCAAAAUUUCCUCGCAGAAAAAUCUUAAAAGAUCUGAUCGGGGCAUCUUUAAAACUUCGUGGAAAGAUUUUUACCGUUUGAAUCAGCAGAGUAAAACCGUUAUUGGAGACUAACGGAUAAAGGAACAGUUAGAUUCUUGAGCUAGGCCCUAUGUAGAAAACGUAAAUUAGCAUUUCUACUGUUGUUAUUAUUAUUAUUAUUAUUAUUAGUUUUGUUAUUAUGAUUAUUUUUCACUAUAUAAUCUUUGGUGGAAUACAGAGUAGUCACUACAUACUUGAAUCAUCUUUCCCUUGUGGAACAGGGCACUCAUAAAUGUGUGGGGUGCAGCUGGUUUUCUGUUUUGCAAGUAAAUACAAAUAUUUUGCAGUACUACCUUCUAGCGUCAUUAGACAACCUCUAGUUAUUUUCAAUGCUACAUGCAGGCUUAGACUGCCCAUUUGUAUCCCUUUGUGAUGUUCUCGUAAGCAGCGUGUAGAGUAUUCUUAGCAGUGAAGCUUCUGUGCGGAGCACGAAAGCGGAGCCCAGUAACGAAGAGAAUACGAAAAUCCUUUAGGUCGAGAUAUUUUGAUGGGCGGAAGCCAGCCACGUGCGGGUGUGUCUGCAUGCGAAACCGUAUUUUGUCUACGCGAUAGACUGCAUUGUGGGCUCAACGUGAGGCAGCUCUUGUGGUUAGUAAAUACUGAAACUUAUAAAAACAAAGAAAAGAAAUCAGAGUAAAGAAAGCGCAUUAAAUAUGAACUAAUUUGAGCUCAGCUCUUAGGCUCCGCUAAAAUAUUUAUACGAGUCAUAUUUAAUUAAUUGAAAAUUAAUUGCACUUUGUUUCCUACGGGCUAAAUUUUUGGCAGUAAUUCACAAGGAGCACCAACUUUUCCUAACUAGUCAAGACUGCACAGUUAUAAGUUGACAGCAUAUCAUGUUUACCAAAAUCAUUUGCAAUUUUUGUUUGUUCGGAGAAACUCAUAUUUUUUAGUUUGUCGUUAACAAGCACAUCUACAGCUCUAAAACUACUUCAGAGAGAAGAAUUCUUUAAUAUAAUUUGAUUUUAUCUCAUCCAAGAAAACGUACAUGAUGACACAUAGACGUUGAACGACUUUCAAAGAAAGAGUUACCAAACCUCUCGGAAUCGUCUUUAGAGGUGUUAAUAGGGACCUUAAGCAAACCACGACGGCGACGGCAACGAGGACAUGGAAAAAUAAAAGAUCUAAUUGGCAGAACAAUAUCUCAGCACGUGCGUUUUAAAACUUUGUACAUUUCUUAGCCGUCUUAUGCAAAAAAACAACGUGAAAUCACCGCAAUUUGCGUCGCCUACGAACCGAAACCGCGACGGCAAAUUAUUUUAAUUUUCAUUUGGAACUCAACGCUUCUUUUAUACGUUAUGCUGAAGUUGAGGCGUGGCGCCAUAUGAGACGGUAAACACACGCAGCCAUUUUUGAAAUUCUAAUUGAGGGCAGAAAUUCAUUUUUCAAUCGAAGUCUUCCUUGGUGUUGCCGUCCUGACUGCUUAAGGUCCCCAGUAAUUCGACUAUGUACGCCGCCGUCUUUGAUACUUAGCGGCUUGGCCAUGUACCUUUAAAACAAGAUUUUGUGAAUUUGUCAAUUUUUGGCGAUCUGUUAAACAGGAGUAAACAAUAAUUUAUUAUUACAGAAGCGCAUCAGGGUAAUUAGCGAUCCUGAUUCCAUGCUUCAACAAUGAAUUUAGCGAUAACCAGAAAGCAGCUGUUUGAAAUUAUAAAUUGCGCGUUGGGGUUUUGCGUGUGCAGCCAGUUAAUUGGAUUGGUUUUCAAAAUGGUCUUUAGUAAAAUUUUCGAUAAAUUUGAAGAAAAUUUGAUGACGAUCUCACACCCUAGAAUCUUAAACUGCAGCAAGUAGUGAAUUUGUAAAAUAAUUUUAUCCUUUAAACCCUAAGAGUGACUAGCAUCUAAUUUCUCCUCAGAGUAAUACUGCUGAAACAUUGACUAGGGUCAUGAGCAUAACGGAAAAGAUCGCCAACCUAAGAAGCUUUGAUCCUCAAAUGAAUCCUCCUUGUCAGUACCAAAAGAAACAGAUUGAGUAGAGUAUGGAUACUGAUGCUGGGGUGUAAAAGAUUAAAGACAGAAAUAAAUAUAACAGUUAAAAUAUAUAUUCUAUCUUACAUUAUAGAGACGUCUUUGAAUUCAGAUUUAAUACUCUAACAAGAAAAAGCGGUUUAUUAAAACCUUCAAGUGGAAGUUUCUGUUAAUCUAUUGACACAUCAAAAAAAUUUGUAGAAAAUGAGAAUGUAUUUUGUUUGAUCUUGAAUAAGGUAAGAAUUAGCCGGUUUGAAGUUUUAUUUGGAUUAACCACGCAACUCUGUCAUGGUAAACCGGUUUAGAUAAAUUUAUUCUAAGAUGCAAACUCCUAAUACACACAUAAGUUAAUUCUUAAGACAAAAGCAGGGUACCAUACGUUUCGUCUUAGUGAAAAUUAUUUUGCAUAAACGCAAGACACCUUUGUUCCCUAAAGUAUCAUGUCCUUUUGUUUUCGUUUAAAGCAUGAAAUCCCUCUGGACAACUGAAAUAAAGUAAACUGCGGUAGCAUAGACAAUUCAAUGUUUUUUAACAAUACGAAGGGUACGGCGGAAACUUAUUAGCACUUUUACCAAUGAGUAAUUAUUUUUUCGGGUCGCUAUAACAACUAUUGAAAACAAACUUGAUAACAGACCUCUUAAAAGAGAGAAUUUAGAUUCAAACUGCAGGAGAUAAUUUAAAUAACUUAGGGUCUUUGAUUCGCUCAUCAAAACAAAUAACCGAGAACAAUUUUUCACCGUUGUAUAUCGGUGCGUAUGUAUAUCUAAUCAUUCGUCGAGGAUUAUCGAGGUUUACAACGAAGGACAAACAGCAAAAAUGAGUUCAGAUGUUGUUAAAGCGGACGUUGACACUCCAAAAGAUACGAAAGCGGAUAAAGCGGCUAAAAACUUAAAACCGACGAAAGGGAAAGAGCUGACGCCUGGCACGUCAAGUAAAACUCGUCCUCCAAGCACCGUCUCUGUUACUCAAUCGAUGGCUACGUCGUUUUCAAGACAAGACGGCCGACGCGUGCCCGAAAUUGCCAUGGAGAACACAUUUAAAAUGACACCAGAUCGGAAAUUUCCCGAGGGCGACGUUCGCUCCAUACUCAAGGAAAUUCUAACGGAGAGGCUGGCGGAAGCAAAGUACGAUGCGGAUCAGUGCAGGCAGCUUUCCAAAACAAUUUCUGACACGGUGAAAAACCGCGUGAAGGAUUUAAACAUUCAGCGUUACAAGAUUAUUUGUCUUGUGCACAUUGGACAGCUGGGGAAUCAAGCAAUGCGCAUCGGAAGUAGGUGUCUUUGGGAUACAAACUACGACACAUUUGCUUCGUUUGAAUUCACAAACGGGUCGCUCUUUGCAACCGCUACGGUUUAUGGCGUUUAUUUUGAAUAG